AUGUCGAGCGAUCCCUGGACAGAUUUCAAUGAGCAGCCGUUGAAACCGGAGCACAGGGAGCGGUUGGGUUCCCCGUGCAAGCGGCCCCGCCCCGUCGCCCCCGCGCGCGCCGCGGCCCCGCCCCAGCCCCGCCCCGAGCGAUCCUGGAAGAUUUCAAUGUCAGUGACUUGGCUGGCAGUUGGAUUGAGGGUAGUUACGGGGAAGGUCAGGGGUCACGACCCUCCAGGAGCAGCCGUUGAAACCGGAGACAGGGAGCGGUUGGGUUCCCGUGAAAGCGGCCCGCCCGUCGCCGCGCGCGCCGCGGCCCGCCAGCCCGCCCGUCCGGCGCUGCAACGCCGCGGCCCCCCCUCGCCCGCGCGCCGCGGCCCGCCAUCAGCCCGCCCGCGCUGCAACUCCGCGGCCGCCCUCGCCCCGCGGCGCCGGGCCCGCCCCAGCCCGCCCGUCGGCGCUGCAACUCCGCGGCGGGCCGAGCGGGCUGAGGCGGCGAGGGGCGAGCAGCGCAGGCCCCGCGGGCCGCCAGGGCUUCCGCGGCGCCCGCCUCCUUCCCGCCUUCCCCGCGGCAGAGGCGGGCUCUGGGGGGGUUGUUAUCAUAAUGAGAGGCAGAGAACUGCGUCUUUAACUGGUUUCCCUCUUCUCUCCUUGUUUAGAGAUCUGAGCGAGAACCAGAUCCAGGGCAUCCCGAGGAAGGCGUUCAGGGGCAUCGCAGACGUGAAGAACCUGCAACUGGACAACAACCACAUCAGCUGCAUCGAAGAUGGAGCCUUCCGAGCGCUGCGCGAUCUGGAGAUUCUCACCCUCAACAACAACAACAUCAGCCGUAUCCUGGUCACCAGCUUCAACCACAUGCCGAAGAUUCGGACUCUGCGCCUCCAUUCCAACCACCUGUACUGUGACUGCCACCUGGCCUGGCUCUCAGAUUGGCUGCGACAGAGGCGAACCGUCGGCCAGUUCACACUCUGCAUGGCUCCCGUGCACCUGAGGGGUUUCAACGUGGCAGACGUGCAGAAGAAGGAGUACGUGUGUCCAGGUCCCAACUCAGAGGCUCCAUCCUGCAAUGCCAACUCUCUCUCCUGCCCUUCCUCCUGUACUUGCAGUAAUAACAUCGUGGACUGUCGAGGCAAAGGCUUGACGGAAAUCCCCGCCAACUUGCCAGAGGGCAUCGUGGAAAUACGCCUAGAACAGAACUCCAUCAAAUCCAUCCCUGCAGGAGCCUUCACGCAGUACAAGAAACUGAAGCGCAUAGACAUCAGCAAGAAUCAGAUAUCGGACAUAGCUCCUGACGCCUUCCAGGGUCUGAAAUCACUCACCUCGCUGGUGCUGUAUGGGAACAGGAUCACUGAGAUUGCCAAAGGACUGUUUGACGGGCUGGUGUCUCUACAGCUGCUUCUUCUCAAUGCUAACAAGGUCAGCUGCUUGCGGGUGAACACCUUCCAGGACCUGCAGAAUCUCCACCUGCUGUCCCUGUAUGACAACAAGCUACAGACCAUCAGCAAAGGACUCUUUGCUCCUCUGCAGUCCAUUCAGACACUCCACUUAGCCCAAAAUCCGUUCGUGUGCGACUGCCACUUGAAGUGGCUGGCUGACUACCUCCAGGACAAUCCCAUCGAGACGAGCGGGGCCCGCUGCAGCAGCCCACGCCGGCUAGCCAACAAGCGCAUCAGCCAAACCAGAAGCAAAAAGUUCCGCUGCUCAGGCUCCGAGGACUACCUCAGCCGCCUCAGCAGCGAGUGCUUCAUGGACCUCGUGUGCCCCCAGAAGUGCCGCUGUGAGGGGACCGUCGUGGACUGCUCCAACCAGAAGCUGGCCCGUGUCCCAAGCCACAUCCCAGAAUACGUCACUGACCUGCGGCUGAACGACAAUGAGAUCUCUGUCCUGGAGGCCACCGGCAUCUUCAAGAAGCUGCCCAACCUGCGGAAAAUAAACCUGAGCAACAACAAGAUCAAGGAGGUACGGGAAGGUGCCUUUGACGGGGCGGCAGGCGUGCAGGAGCUGAUGCUGACAGGGAACCAGCUGGAGAUGGUGCACGGGCGCAUGUUCCGCGGCCUCAGUGGCCUCAAGACCCUGAUGCUGAGGAGCAAUUUGAUCAGCUGCGUGAGCAACGACACCUUUGCUGGCCUGAGUUCCGUGAGGCUGCUGUCCCUCUAUGACAACCGGAUUGCCACCAUCACCCCUGGCGCCUUCACCACGCUUGUCUCCCUGUCUACCAUAAACCUCCUGUCCAACCCAUUCAACUGCAACUGCCACCUGGCCUGGCUCGGCCGGUGGCUCAGGAGGAAACGCAUCGUGAGCGGGAAUCCCCGGUGCCAGCAGCCCUUCUUCCUCAGAGAGAUCCCCAUCCAGGAUGUGACUGUGCAGGACUUCACCUGUGAUGGCAAGGAGGAGAGCAGCUGCUCGCUGAGCCCACGCUGUCCAGAGCAGUGCACCUGUGUGGACACCGUGGUGAGAUGCAGCAACAAGGGGCUCCGUGCCCUCCCCAAAGGCAUGCCCAAGGAUGUGACAGAGCUGUACCUGGAAGGAAACCACUUAACGGCCGUGCCCAGGGAGCUGUCCGCCCUCCGACACCUCACACUUAUUGAUCUGAGCAACAACAGCAUCAGCGUGCUGACCAAUUACACCUUCAGCAACAUGUCUCACCUCUCUACCCUGAUCCUGAGUUACAACCGGCUGAGGUGCAUCCCAAUCCACGCCUUCAACGGGCUGCCGUCUCUCCGAGUGCUAACCCUCCAUGGCAACGACAUUUCCAGCGUUCCCGAAGGCUCCUUCAAUGAUCUGACAUCCCUCUCCCACCUGGCCCUGGGAACCAACCCACUCCACUGUGAUUGCAGCCUGCGUUGGUUAUCAGAGUGGGUCAAGGCUGGCUACAAGGAGCCUGGCAUUGCCCGAUGCAGUAGCCCCGAGUCCAUGGCUGAUAGGCUCUUGCUCACCACCCCCACCCACAAGUUCCAGUGCAAAGGGCCCGUGGACAUCAACAUUGCAGCCAAGUGCAAUGCCUGCCUCUCCAGCCCGUGCAAGAACAAUGGGACGUGCACUCAGGAUCCUGUGGACCCGUACCGUUGCACCUGCCCCUAUGGCUACAAGGGCAAGGACUGCGCGAUGCCCAUCAACACCUGUAUCCAGAAUCCAUGUCAGCAUGGAGGCACCUGCCACCUGAGCGAGAGCCACAAGGAUGGAUUCAGCUGCUCCUGCCCCCUGGGCUUUGAGGGGCAGCGGUGUGAGGUCAACCCAGAUGACUGUGAGGACAACGACUGUGAAAAUAACUCCACGUGUGUGGACGGAGUCAACAACUAUGCUUGUGUGUGCCCACCCAACUACACAGGGGAGCUGUGCGAUGAGGUGAUUGACCACUGUGUGCCCGAGAUGAACCUCUGUCAGAAUGAGGCCAAGUGCAUCUCCCUGGACAAAGGGUUCAGGUGUGACUGUGUCCCUGGCUACAGCGGGAAGCUCUGCGAGACAGACAACGACGACUGCGUGGCCCACAAGUGCCGCCACGGGGCCCAGUGUGUGGACGCCAUCAAUGGCUACACAUGCACCUGCCCCCAGGGCUUCAGCGGGCUCCUCUGUGAGCAUCCUCCGCCCAUGGUCCUGCUGCAGACCAGCCCUUGCGACCAGUAUGAGUGCCAGAAUGGAGCGCAAUGCAUUGUGGUUCAGCAGGAGCCCACCUGCCGCUGCCCCCCGGGCUUCGCCGGGCCACGGUGUGAGAAGCUUAUCACCGUGAACUUCGUGGGCAAGGACUCCUACGUGGAACUGGCCUCCGCCAAGGUCCGGCCCCAAGCCAACAUCUCCUUGCAGGUGGCCACUGACAAGGACAAUGGCAUCCUCCUCUACAAGGGGGAUAACGACCCCCUGGCACUGGAGCUGUACCAGGGCCACGUGAGGCUGGUGUAUGACAGCCUGAGCUCACCCCCAACCACAGUGUACAGCGUGGAGACCGUGAAUGACGGGCAGUUUCACAGCGUGGAGUUGGUAAUGCUAAACCAGACCUUGAACCUGGUGGUGGACAAAGGGGCCCCCAAGAGCCUGGGGAAGCUCCAGAAGCAGCCAGCAGUGGGCAUCAGUAGCCCCCUCUACCUUGGAGGCAUCCCCACCUCCACGGGGCUCUCGGCCUUACGCCAGGGCGUGGACCGGCCGCUGGGCGGCUUCCAUGGCUGCAUCCACGAAGUGCGCAUCAACAAUGAACUGCAGGACUUCAAGGCCCUCCCACCGCAGUCCCUGGGGGUCUCACCGGGCUGCAAGUCCUGCACCGUGUGCAAGCACGGCCUGUGUCGCUCCGUGGAGAAGGACAGUGUGGUGUGUGAGUGCCACCCGGGCUGGACCGGCCCACUGUGUGACCAGGAAACUCGGGACCCGUGCCUGGGCCACAGCUGCAGCCAUGGAAAAUGCAUGGCAACUGGGAACUCAUACACGUGCAAGUGUGCUGAGGGCUACGGAGGGGCUUUGUGUGACCACAAGAACGACUCUGCCAACGCCUGUUCAGCCCUCAAGUGCCACCAUGGGCAGUGCCACAUCUCAGAUCGUGGGGAGCCCUUUUGCCUGUGCCAGCCUGGCUUCAGUGGGGAGCACUGUGAACAAGAGAACCCAUGUCUGGGGGAGAUCGUCCGAGAGGCCCUCCGCCGCCAGAAAGGCUACGCGUCGUGCGCCACCGCCUCCAAGGUGCCUGUGAUGCAAUGUCGCGGGGGCUGCGGGUCCCAGUGCUGCCAGCCGGUGCGCAGCAAGCGGAGGAAGUACGUGUUCCAGUGCACCGACGGCUCCUCGUUCGUGGACGAGGUGGAGAGACACUUGGAGUGCGGCUGCGGCGCGUGCGCCUAAGUCCCUCCGUCACUCGGUGGGCUGGGGACAGCCACGGGGGACCCCUCCCCCGAGAUUCCGAAUGAAGGAGAAAACGCUGGAGAGGAGGCAAAAGAAGAAGAGAAUAUUAAGUAUAUUGUAAAAUAAACAAAAAAUAGAACUUAUUUUUAUUAUGGAAAGUGACUAUUUUCAUCUUUUAUUAUAUAAAUCUAUCACCCCGCCUGAGUAUAUGUAACAUAUAGUGCGGUAUUUUUUCCGAGUUUUGUUCUGUGCUGUGUAUUUGUUGUGUUUUGAUAAACGGCUGUUUAAAGUUUUAAGGCAAGAAAAGACUAAUAAAAGUGUUUAAAAC